GUAAAUAUGUGUAAAAAUUCGCCGUGUAUGAACAAUGGCAUUUGUAGCCAAAGUGAUGCACAUGGAUACCAGUGUAAAUGUUCGCCUGGAUUUACCGGAAGAAAUUGCCAAACAGAUAAUAAUCCCUGUCGUCCAAGUCCUUGUCAAGGGAAAUCUACAUGUUUUGCAAUCAGAGCUCAUACUUAUCGAUGUCAAUGCCCUCAGAAUCGAACUGGAAGAAUUUGUGAAACCCAUUUAAAUCUCUGCCGCAUUUCACCAUGCCGUAAUGGGGCAAAAUGUAUUAACAGCGGACUGAAUAAUUACCGAUGUCAAUGUCUUCCCGGCUACACAGGAAAAAAUUGCCAAAUAAAUACAAAUCGAUGUAGAAGUGGACCAUGCUUGAACAAGGCAAAUUGUAGCAACGUUCAACCUGAUAGCUAUCAAUGCCAUUGUCAACCGGGUUAUACUGGGAAAAUUUGUCAAACAGAUUUAAAUUCCUGCCGUAGUCAUCCAUGUUUGAGUGAUGGAACAUGUAUUAAUACCAGAGCAAAUCGAUAUAAAUGCAAUUGUCGACCAGGUUUCACCGGAAAAAACUGUCAACGAGAUGUACGCGAAUGUGACAGCAAGCCUUGUAAGAAUCAAGGUUCUUGCCAAGAAAUCAUGGGAGGCUAUUCCUGUCACUGUACUGAUGGAUAUACAGGUCGACAUUGUGAAAGUGAAAUAGAUGAAUGUAAUAGUGGGCCAUGCUAUCAAAAUUCUACCUGUAUCGAUAAGGUAGCUGGUUAUCAAUGUCAAUGCCAAGCAGGGUAUACUGGUCAAAAUUGCCAAACACAGAUUAACGAAUGUCUUAGUCAACCAUGUCAAUAUGGUGGAACUUGCAUUGACCAAAUUGCUAGUUAUUAUUGCCAAUGUCCUUCUCAUGUCACAGGCGUUCAUUGCCAAACUGAUAUUGAUGAAUGCCGCAGUUUUCCAUGUCAGAACGAUGGUGAAUGUAUUAAUGUACUUGGAGGUUAUCAAUGCCAAUGCUUAAGCAAUUUUACAGGCCAAGAAUGCCAAUCCGACGUUAAUGAAUGUACCCAAAUUCACCUUCCCAAUACUAACAUUAAACCUUGUCAAAAUGGUGGUACAUGUGUCAACUCGUUUGGAAGCUACUAUUGCCAUUGCCCUCCAAAUUAUACUGGAGAGGUAUGUCAGCAAAGUUAUGAUAUUUGUGAAUCAGAACCUUGCCAAAACGGUGGGCAAUGUGUAGUAGAAUCAACUGGGUAUCGAUGCAAUUGUUCAACUACAGACUAUAAAGGCAAUCACUGCCAGACAGGUAGGAUAGAUUACAUUUUAUGA